AUGUUCUUCAAAUCCGCUCUUUAUCUUACACUCCUCGUAUCCUUCGCUUGCGCCCACCCUAAUCAACUUCGACCCCGGCAAGCAACUCAGGGCUGCCGACCGUUGCACACAACGUUCUCUAAUUCGGAGGUCUCCAAUGGCGGGAAUACGCUAAUUACUAUGAUAUCGCCGGCCGAUUCCUACUCUACAACCGCUAAUGGCCUGGAGCUAUAUCUCAAGAGACCAGCCAAAAAGGUUACAACUCAUAAUGGCGUUAAUGACCAACUUGGUUCUGGAGCAACCGCGAAUUCGUCCUUUCUUCUUAGCUACGGUAAAGUGACUUUCGACUUGAGCGCGCCUGUAGGAGCAGGCGGAGCCGUCGUGGCCGCCAUUUUCAUAUCCAACGAUCAUCACGAAAUAGACAUCGAGCUAUUGCCAGGCGACCCGAAGCAGUGGCAAACCAACGUCUUCGCACCUCCAACAGCCAACGCGCCUCCUGCUUACGGCAAGCUAAGUUCAGUCGAGGACAUCCCGAGAUCUCGCAGCGGCCAGCAGACUAUAGGCGAGCGGCACGCGUAUUCAAUUGAUUGGAACCCCCGUAGGAUUAUAUGGAGUGUGGAUGGCCGAGCCGUCCGUACACUCACGCCGCGUACGUUAUUUAAUGCAUCGAAUACAGCAUUGAUCCGUAAGCUGGCAAUCCGCCAUUUGUAG